AUGGCUCCACUAACACGUCUAAGUUUGAAAAAAGGAAAUCAAACUUUGCCGAUUUCAACAAAGAAAAUCGUAGGUAACAAUGAUAAAAAAGUAUCAGACAAUAAAAAACAACUGAACAUAUCGAUAAAGAAAGCAAAAUGCCCUUCUUUACGCAUACAAUUGAGUGCUCUGACAAUACCUACACUCAAAAGUCUUCUGCGCUUCAAUCAUCAAAAUUCUUUUGGCAAUAAAUCUAGUCUUAUUUCACGUAUAGUUUAUAUGGUUCAACAUGGUGUUUAUCCUCAAUGUCCAAAAUGUAUGCAAGGCCGAUUAAAAAUACGUUUACAUCGUCGAAAGGAUCAAUCGAAAUAUUAUUGUCCAGGCUUUCCAAUUAGUUUUCGUUCACCUUCGUUUCAUCGAUGUAAUUAUUUAACAGAUGAAUGUAGAAAAAUAACAUUUGAUUUUCCAUCUAAUUCAAGUUUAAUAAUCAAUAAAUAA